GCAUUUUUUCACAGACGUGGAGCGAUUUUGGCGCCGCGGGAGCCCGCGGUCUCGGAUCCUUUCAGGAGCAAACAUCGUCUCGGGGGCGUGUUUCCUCUAAAUCGUGUUUUACAUUACACAGGACCGAGCAGAUGGAUACCACUUCCUGAUUCAGGGAUCGUCCCCAUCCAACCAAUUGAACAGAAAGGUAAACACGUUUGGCUGUUCAAUAUCCAGGAGGACCCCAAUGAGUAUCAUGACCUAUCUGAAGCCAGACCAGACAAGGUUAAGGAGCUGGUUGGAGGAUUACAGCACUACAGCACUAUUUUUACAAUGCUGGCCUUGCAUAGUUUGCCCAUCCGUUGUUGGCAGAGAACGGUAUAUUGUCAGUGAAGGACAAUUCUUGAAUGCAGUGACUGUCGCGUUUCAGUCAAACCGGUUUCAGCGGAGUUAGGUUCUUUGCAAUAGUACAAGGACAUAUUGUUGUGGUUCCCAUGUUCCUGAAUAACGAAUUUGUGUGUAAAUAAUUGCCGGAAAUAAAGCCUUAGAACUUACCUGAAAUCAUGUCAAGAUACCGUGUUUCAAUUUUGAAUCGGGGAACAUAGUCGAGCCGUUUGUAUUAAAGUCAGUGUUCUUUGCACAGGUCAAGGUGCUACAGAGCAAGGUUUGUAUAUUUUGAAGGGGUCCCUCAGAAAAAAUGGGAAGCAGGUGCCGAUUUUUGAAACGCUGGUUAGACCUCGGAAAACUGUGGCUUCUGGCAUCGGUGUACGGCCUGGCUCUCGCGCCUGCGGGUGACUGCAGCAAUACAUCGGCAACUCUACCGAACAUCAUCUUCAUCCUGGCUGAUGACUUCGGUUUCCAUGACGUCGGUUACCAUGGUUCUGCAAUUAAGACUCCAUGGCUGGACAAACUUGCCGCUGAGGGCGUGAAGCUGGAGAAUUACUAUGUCCAGCCGAUUUGCACCCCGACGAGAAGUCAACUGAUGAGCGGUCGAUACCAGAUUCACACCGGUCUUGAGCAUCGGUCGUUCCAUGCAGUCCAGCCAGACUGCCUCCCUCUAGAAGACCCGACCCUCGCCAAUAAACUCAAGGAGCUCGGCUACGCCACGCACGCAGUCGGCAAAUGGCAUCUUGGCUUCUACAAGAAAGACUGCUGGCCCACCAGGCGUGGCUUUGAUACCUUCUUUGGUUAUCUCGGAGGGAGCGAAGACUAUUACACGCACAUUUACAAGUGCGACAUGCCAGGGUUCAAUUGCAGUCAAUUGGAACCUGGGUACGAUUUCAGGGAUCAGGAGGAACUUGCUCCCAAGUACACUGGACAAUAUUCAACCCACCUCUUAGCAGAGCGAGCCCAGCACAUUUUGGAAAACAGUCAGCCUAACAAACCAUUCUUCCUGUACCUACCUUUCCAAGCGCCACACAUUCCCCUGGAGGUACCCGACCAGUAUUUGAAGCCAUACCGAGAAGUCCAGGAUCACGACCGACGAGUAUACUCUGGCAUGGUGGCCUGUAUGGACGAGGCUAUCGGGAACAUCACGCAGAAAAUGACGGAGCUGGGAUUGUGGGAAAACACAGUGCUGAUCUUCUCAACAGACAAUGGUGGCGAACCUAUUUUUGGAGGAGGGUACAACUGGCCUCUGCGAGGCGUGAAAGGCACCCUCUGGGAAGGAGGUAUCCACGGUGUAGGCUUCGUCUACAGCCCACUCAUACCAGACGCCAUGCGGGGUACCAGCAACACGCAGUUGAUACACGUCAGCGACUGGUUCCCAACCCUUGUAGCUGGGCUUGCCGGAGGCAGUCUGGAGGGUCUGCAACUAGACGGUUUCAAUGUUUGGAAUACCAUCAGUCUAGGAUCACCCUCUCCAAGAACGGAAAUCCUGCACAAUAUCGACCCUCUGACCCAGACAUACAUGUCAAUCAUUAACUGGUCACUCGAAGGGAACCAGACUAAGGACGAUGACUUUUUCACCCCAUCUGGUGCGUUCAACACCACUAUCAGGGCUGCUAUACGUGUUGGGGAUUGGAAACUCCUAACUGGAAAUCCAGGAUCGAGCAGAUGGAUACCACUUCCUGAUUCAGGGAUCGUCCCCAUCCAACCAAUUAAACAGAAAGGUAAACAUGUUUGGCUGUUCAAUAUCCAGGAGGACCCCAAUGAGUAUCAUGACCUAUCUGAAGCCAGACCAGACAAGGUUAAGGAGCUGGUUGGAAGAUUACAGCACUACUAUAGUGGUCUAGUGCCACCGUUGUACCCCCCUGGAGAUCCAAGAUCGAACCCAGCCUUACACGAUGGUGCCUGGACUAACUGGGAAUAACACUAUGUUGAAUGCAGGUUUUUUUUUGGGGGGGGGGGGGUGUCGUCAGGAACCCCCGAAUUUCAAAUUCGAUUGUCAAUUUUCAUUAAUUUCUUGGGUUUGCCUUCCAAUGAAGUAUUAAGAAAACCAAUCCCACCCACAAAAAGUAAGAGAUAGAAAAGUUUGUCUUUCAUUAUUUAAAAGAAAGUGUUUGUUUUAAAGUUGCCCAUCCCUUGCUAUUUUUUUCCGGCCCGAAUAAUAAAUUUUGUCAAAUUUCUGGGAUUGAAUCAGUCAUGAAUUUACUCGAAAUUCAAUCUGUAUGGUUUAAUUUGUGUAUUUUUGAAUUUCUCUUAUUUGAACGGAGUUUUGCAUACCACCAAAUGAAUGAAUCUCGCAUACCCAUAGGAGGGGGAAGUUGUAUGCAGAGAAUAGAACACAAACCAGUCAAGCGAGAGAUGCAGGCCUUUUAAUAAAGACAACGGCAGGCUCUUUUAAUAAAGAAAACGGCACAAACGUCUAUAGACACUACAUCCUUUACCACUCAGUCUGCUACAAGAAUCAGAUAUUUUAUAUUUUAUGGUAUCUUGUUUAUCUUGUUUCUGUUAUUUUACUGUCACUGUGAUGAUUCAGUGUGAUUAACCUUGAUUAACCUUGUCUCGUUUGACUGUUCAUUAAUUUUCUUAAUUAAUGUCUUAAAAAUGUUUUUAUUGCUUUCCCCCUAUUUUGACACUACCGAAAGUUUGUAAUUGCUGAGCACCUUUGAAAAACAGUGUUAAAUAAUACAUGUGUAUAUAAAUA